GGAUUAUAAUUAUAUCACCACCCAUUGGUGAAGAAUUAGAUCAGCAAAACCGAUAAUUCUCCAAAACGAUGUCGUCUCCCUUCACUCACUCGCUCAAUCAAUUCGGCGGUGAUUUCCCGGCGGCCGCCUCCUACGACGACGGCUUUGGCGCUCAGCCGAUUUCCACAUUUGAUUCGACCGUCGCCGAUUUCCCCCCGCCGUCCUACUCCUCCGGCGGAGAAUUCACUGAUCCCUCGCACUUCUCGUCGGAAGCAAUUGACAACGAUCCGAUUCUCCCGCCACCGGCGGAGAUGGAGCACGAGGAGAGCUACGCGCUCAGAGAGUGGAGAAGACAAAACACAGCUCGGUUAGAGGAGAAGGAGAAGAGAGAGAGGGAAUUGCUGAGCCGAAUCAUAGUUGAGGCUGAUGACUACAAGGUUGAGUUUCACAGAAAGAGGCAAAUCACCUCGGAAACCAACAGAUUGACUAACCGCGAAAAGGAGCAGGUAUUUGUUGCUGAGCUGGAGAAAUUUUACGCUGAAGCUGACAAGGAUUAUUGGAAAUCUAUCGCAGAGCUGAUACCGAAGGAGGUUGCUGCAGUCGAGAAGAGAAGAGGCGGGAAAGAGAAGGAUGAGAAGAAGGCGUCGGUCGUGGUGGUGCAAGGGCCUAAGCCGGGGAGACCGACUGAUUUGUCCAGAAUGCGGCAGCUACUGCUGAAGCUGAAGCAAAACACCCCUCCCCACCUCAACCAGUCUCCCGCUGUGCCCGUCGUGACACGGGCCUAGCCGUAUCCAACGCGGCCUGUGAAGAGACACAGCCCAUGGAGCAAGCUCAACCUAGAACGCCACAUCACAAGGUUUAAUUAUUACAUUCAUAGAUAAGAAUGUAGCAUCUUUUUAUCAUCUUUGGAGAUUACCUUUUGUUUUUUUAUUACAUUGAGAAAUAAAAUAUCCAAGAAGAGAUGAUUAAACGUCUAAA